AUGGAUUCAGACCCUUCUCCACCCGUCAAAAGGAAGCAUAAAUUUGCACCAAGAGCUCCACCCCGUCUUGUUCCCAAGAAAGAAGUUAAAACUGAAGUGGUUGAGGAUGCUAAUGCUGGCGCAAACCAGGCUAAGGAUCUGCUCCGGCGUUUCAAUGAGAGUGCGAUGAAGGCAAGGAACAAGGUCGAGAAAAAAGUGUCAGCUUCACAAAUUGCUUUUGGACAUGGUGGCGAAUCAACUUCUUUGAAAUCUUACGGUGUUGCCAGGGGUGGGAGAAGUGCUAACAUCAAUCAGAAUUCAGCAUUUGGUGUUGCGGCAGAGAAAGAAUACAAAGAACCGUGGGACUACUACAGUAAUUAUCCAGUAACUCUUCCCUUGAGGAGGCCAUAUUCUGGAAACCCAGCUCUUCUUGAUGAGGAAGAAUUUGGGCAGGCUGCAGAGUCCAGGAGUUACGAUGAAGAUGCUUCAAAUUCAGCAAUGGAACUAGGCCUUUUGGAGGAAAACCUAGAGGCAGAUAUGUUCUUGAUUAAAUUGCCUCCAAAAUUGCCUAUGAUUAUACAGUCAGACGGAGGAAAAGAUGUUAAAGGAAAGUCUAAGCCUCCCGGGGGUUCAAAAAAAGUGGAGAAGCUGUGUGAGUUGAAAGACUUGCCAUCUGGCUACAUGGGUAAAAUGCUAGUAUACAAAAGUGGUAAAAUCAAGCUGAAGCUAGGCAAUACCCUUUAUGAUGUUUCGUCGGGUAUGAAUUGUACCUUCUCCCAAGACGUGGUUGCUAUCAAUAAGGCUGAAAAAACUUGUUGCACAAUAGGGGAAAUCAGCAAACAUGUUACUGUAACCCCGGAUAUAGAUGCCUUUAAAGUCAAGUCAACCCGAUGCGGGUCCUCUCUUAUUAGCCUGAUGGAAGUGUAA